AAUGAGCAACACUCAAAAGGGCUAUAAACCCUAGCUGGCUAACUGGCAUUAAACCCUAAAGUUUUUUUUGUCAUAUUACCACCGCUUCUCUCUCCGCCGGCUAAAACUCCGUCGUACUGGUUGGUUGAAGGGAAGUUAUGUAUUCGAUUUCGAAGAUCCUGCAAAGGAGCUCAAGAUUUAGUCUUGCGCCUUCUUCGUUUGGUGCUGUUAGUAAGCUAGAGAUAUCAGUAGGUGACAAAGGAAGUGCUUCCAAAUCACCUGGAUUGAUUUUUAGUAAUGAAUCACAACGUUUAAUCAGUCGCUAUUCCGCGAGAGAUAUGUUCUCGCGCUUCAUCGGCAUCAACAAGCUCUCUUCGGUUUCUGAUGUUAAAGAAGAAAAGGAAUCUGAACCAGAGGAGGCAUUUCCUGUUUCUGGGGAUGAUGUAGCAGAGGGAGUUGUUGAUGAUGAUGAUGAUGAUUCUGUGUUCGAUUCUGAGCUUGGUUGUGACAUAGAUGCGUGUGAUGAUGAUGGUCUUGAAGUUGAAGUGGAGGAUUCAAACAAGGGGAAAGCUAAAAAGACAAGAGCACGAUGCGAGUUGUACGACUCCAUUGUUGCUUAUAAAUCAGUUAGACAUGUUCUUCAACAGUGGGUCAAAGAAGGCAAAGAUCUGAGUCAAUCCGAGGUUUCUCUCGCUGUUCACAACCUGCGUAAACGCAGAUCCUACGCUAUGUGUUUGCAGCUGUGGGAGUGGUUGCGAGCUAACACGCAGUUUGAGUUCACAGAGGCAAACUACGCCUCUCAACUGGAUUUGGUGGCCAAGGUGCAUAGUUUACAAAAAGCUGAAGCCUUUCUGAAUGAUAUUCCAGAGUCUUUCAGAGGGGAAGUGGUGUACAGAACGCUCCUUGCGAAUUGCGUGCUUAAACUCCACGUGAAAAGAGCCGAGGACCUUUUCGACAAGAUGAGAGAGCUGAAGUUCCCAACGAGCGUGUUCGCCUGCAACCAGCUGCUUCUCCUCUACAGCAAGCACGACAGGAAGAAGAUACCUGAUGUUUUGUUACUGAUGGAGAAAGAAAAGAUCAAGCCAACUCGGGGAACUUAUCAGUUCCUGAUCAACAGCAAAGGUUUAUCCGGGGACAUAGCUGGAAUGGACAAGCUAGUGGAGACGAUGAAGGAAGAAGGUAUUGUGCUAGAUCCGGAGAUACAGGCUACACUGGCUAGGUACUACAUAAGUGCUGGGCUUAAAGAGCGAGCAGAGGUGGUUAUGAAGGAGAUAGAAGGGGAAGGGUUGAACCAAACUCCAUGGGUGUGCCGUUCGUUGCUCCCUCUUUAUGCAGACAUAGGAGACAAGGAGAACGUGAGAAGGUUGAGUAGGUUUGUUGAGCAGACGUUGAGGUAUGAUAACUGCAUCGCUGCUAUCAAAGCGUGGGGAAAGCUGAAGGAGUUCGAAGAAGCAGAGUCUGUGUUUGAUAAACUUGUGGAGAAGUACAAACUCGUCCCUAUGCUGCCCUACUUUUCGCUCAUGGAGAUAUACACCGAGAACAAGAUGCUGACGAAAGGCAAAAACCUGGUUAAAAGAGUGGCGAGUGCAGGGGUCAAGAUUGGCCCGUCGACGUGGCACGCGCUCGUGAAGCUAUACAUCAAAGCUGGAGAGGUUGGAAAAGCUGAGAUGAUACUGAGCAAGGCGACGAAGGAUAACAAGAUGAGGCCUUUGUUUAUUUCGUACAUGGCGAUACUUGAGGAGUACGGGAGAAGAGGGGAUGUUCAUAACGCGGAGAAGGUUUUCAUGAGGAUGAAGAGAGCGGGGUAUGCAGCUCAGCUGAUGCAGUAUGAGACUGUGCUCUUGGCUUAUAUCAAUGCUAAAACUCCUGCUUAUGGGAUGAGUGAGAGGAUGAAGGUGGAUAAUGUGUUCCCGAACAAGAGUCUGGCUGCGAAACUGGUUCGGGUUGAUCCAUUCAGAAAGAGUCCAGUGUCUGUUUUACUUGAUGAAUGAAUGACCCUUAGCUAGUUAUCUUGUGUUAAAUUGAGCUUUGCUGAGUGUUUUUUUUUUAAAAUUAAUUAUGCGAAGCUUAGGGGAUAAGAAACAGAGGAUUCGUUUUCCUUGAAAUCAAAAUUUCUUAUCAAGUUGUGUUUGUGUAAUUUAUGUUUUGUGUUAAUUGUAUUCAAGACAACAAAAAUUUAAGUCCUUGAAGACUGGUUCGUUGUUACUAUCAUCCUGGUU